GAACCUUCUACCGCCCUAUGCUCAUCUACUCUGCCCUCGCGUUGGAGUUCCUUCGAAUCAGUGUUCCUCAUUCCCGCCCCCAACUCCAUCGAAACCCUCGAUUUCUCGCCGGAGAUCGACGAGAAGAGAAGGAGAAGCUCAACAAUGAGCCGCUACGAUGGACGGCCUGGUGACCCCGGUUCCUACCGUGACCGGAGAAGUGAUGUGAGCUUCGGCGGUGGAGCUUCGAGGGCGUUUGAGUCCUCGGGCAGGAGGGACGCUGAUGGCGGCGGUGGAGCCGACCUUGCUGGUUUGACACCAUUUGAGAAGAAUUUCUAUGUGGAGUCGCCUUCGGUGGCGGCUAUGACUGAGGAUGAUGUCGAGGCGUACCGCCGAAAGAGGGAGAUUACCGUGGAAGGCAAGGAUGUGCCCAAGCCCGUUAGGGAUUUUCGUGAUGUAGGGUUUUCCAGGUACUAUGUUAUGCAAGAAGUUACUAAAGCUGGCUUUGUGGAGCCUACUCCUAUUCAAGCCCAAGGAUGGCCUAUGGCUCUGAAAGGUCGUGAUCUUAUUGGUAUUGCUGAAACAGGAUCAGGGAAAACCCUUGCCUAUUUGCUACCUGCUAUUGUUCAUGUUAAUGCACAGCCAAUUUUAGCUCCUGGGGAUGGACCAAUUGUUUUGGUAUUGGCUCCUACUCGUGAACUUGCUGUUCAGAUACAACAAGAGGCAACUAAGUUUGGGGCUUCAUCAAAAAUAAAGAACACCUGUAUAUAUGGUGGAGUUCCAAAAGGACCACAAGUUCGUGAUCUCCAGAAAGGUGUUGAAAUAGUCAUUGCCACACCGGGUCGGCUAAUUGAUAUGUUAGAAUCACAUCAUACAAAUUUGAGGAGAGUAACAUACCUUGUUCUAGAUGAGGCAGAUCGGAUGCUAGACAUGGGUUUUGAGCCUCAAAUUAGGAAAAUUGUUUCACAGAUUCGCUCAGAUCGUCAAACUCUUUAUUGGAGUGCUACUUGGCCCAAGGAGGUUGAACAACUUGCAAGGCAAUUCCUCUACAACCCAUAUAAGGUGAUUAUUGGUUCUGUAGACUUGAAAGCCAAUCAUGCGAUUCAGCAGCGUGUAGAGAUUGUAUCUGAAAAUCAGAAAUAUAACAAAUUGGUGAAGCUACUUGAAGAUAUUAUGGAUGGUAGCAGGAUCCUCAUAUUUAUGGACACCAAGAAAGGGUGUGACCAGACCACUAGACAGCUAAGGAUGGAUGGCUGGCCUGCUUUGUCGAUUCAUGGUGAUAAGAGCCAAGCAGAAAGGGACUGGGUUCUCUCUGAAUUCAAAGCAGGGAAGAGUCCUAUAAUGACUGCCACGGAUGUUGCUGCUCGUGGUUUAGACGUGAAGGAUGUCAAAUAUGUGAUCAACUAUGAUUUUCCAGGAUCCUUGGAGGAUUAUGUCCAUCGCAUUGGUCGGACAGGUAGAGCAGGGGCAAAGGGAACUGCAUAUACAUUCUUUACUGCAGCUAAUGCAAGAUUUGCCAAAGAUCUAAUACAUAUAUUGGAAGAAGCUGGGCAGAAAGUCCCUCCAGAACUUGCUGCAAUGGGCCAUGGCCCCCCACCUCCGCCUCCAGCACAUGGAGGAUUUCGGGACCGUGGAAAGGGUUUUGGCGGAGGCCGUUCAUGGAGCUGAUAAUUCUGUCCAUUGAGAGAAAUGCUCUGAUUCGUCAAUGGAAUGUGAUCAAUUGUUUUCGGCCAUUAAAGCCAUACGUAUUUUGGCAGUUGAAGGUUAUACAUAUAGUAACCUUGUUGUUACCAAACUCUUGCUUGGUGUAUGGUAAGCUGGCAACUGAUAAAUUUGUUGAUGUUGCAGAAGCCUGUUGAGCCAAUCAGUGACCUUGCAUGUUAGGAUGUAAAGUUAAUAUAAGAACAUAAUUGAAGAAAAUGAGAGAAGCAUCCUCAUCUUAAUUUCUUGUAUUUUUAUUUUAUUUUUUGUUGUUGGUUGUGAAACAGCUAACUUUUGACAAGAAAUGUUAAUGGACUUUUUUUAAAGUUUUUGUGGUUUCCACUC